UAGUUCUCAUCAAACUUUUUGUCAUAACGGAUUGUUUCGUGAUCUAAAUACGUGUCUGUUCAUAGAACUAAAAUCUAAAAGUGUAUCAAUUUUAAAUACUAUAUAUACGUCUAUAUAAUAUAUCUAGUAGAUAUUCUAUGUAAAAAGUUAAAAAGUGAAAUAAAUAAUAAAUAUACACGACGCUUUGUAGAAUUGCGUGUAAUGAAAUACAUUUAUUUGUGAAAUUAAGUUAAUGCCUUAAAUAGAAUCCUUACAUUUCUGAAAAAGUGAUUAUUGAAAAUAUAUUUAGAAAAAAUAGUUGUAAAUAAUAAAUGUUAACUAAAUUAAUAAUCAUAUGUUAUCAUUAAAAGAAGAUUCUGUUAUGUAAUACAAAAAUAUAUAUUAAAAAAGCUACGAUUAUGAUUACGACUACCCACAUAUGUAUGUAGUGUGAACAAGUAGUCAUUUCAGUUCCUUAGUAUAAACAAAUAACAAAAAUUAAAAAAAAAUACAAAUUCGUAUACAUUUGUAUAUAAAAAUAUAUGAUAAUUUAAUUAAAACCAAAAGACAUUUUACAUGCAAAUAAACUUCGUUUUGUCCCGACGGAGCCAAUCAGCAAUUCAAUCAAACUGGAGGGGGAUAAAUGUGAACCUAUCUACAAGUACAAAUACAGGAUGAGUCUCGAUUUCCUGGAAAACUUAUCAAGUGAUUAUGAAAAUGCUCUAGUUUUAACUGGAUUUGGAAAGUUUCAUUUGCUUUUGCUGACAAUAUGUGGCCUAAUUUACUUAAAUACUGCUAUUGGUGUAACCAUAUUAUCAUUUGUUCUUCCAUCAGCGACAUGCGACUUUCAAAUGACAUCUCAAGAUAAAGGAUGGCUGUCUGCUUCACCCAUGCUUGGAAUGCUUCUAGGUUCAUAUUUUUGGGGAUGUUUGGCCGACACCAAAGGGAGAAAAAUUGUACUUAUUGCAACUUUAAUAGCAGAUGGAAUUUGCGGUUUACUGUCAUCAAUAGCACCGUAUUAUCUAAUGUUUCUGUGCAUACGAUUUUUCAAUGGAUUCAACGUAGCAGGCGCCAUGGGCAUUGUAUUUCCAUAUUUAGGAGAAUUUCAGCCGACCAAAUACCGGGAGAAGAUUUUAUGUUGGAUGGAAUUAUUUUGGACAUUUGGAAUUAUAAUUUUGCCAGGAAUCGCGUGGUUGGUCAUACCUGUAGUAAUUCAUUUGGAAUCGGAUGUAUUCUUCUAUCAUAGUUGGAACCUAUUUGUUGCAAUUUGUGCAAUUCCCAGUUUGUUACUUGGUUGUUGGUUAUUUGCUUUUCCCGAGAGUCCAAAAUUUUUACUAGAACAUGGUGAAACUGAAAAGGCACUUAAAAUUCUUGUAUAUAUGUUUACUAAAAAUACUGGACGAAACCCAGAAGAAUAUCCGUGCAAGAGCUUAAUUGCUCCUAGUAGAACUUCAGAAAAAAUAGGUGAGAAAAGCGUACGAAAUUUAAGGCUACGUAAGCCCGAAGAACUUAAGUUAUUGCUGGCGGAAAUUUGGUCGCAAACCAAAACACUAUGCAAGAAACCUCAUCUAAGAAAUACAUCAUUAACAUGUGCCAUUCAAUUUUGUCUGACAACGAGUUACUACACAUUAAUGGUAUGGUUUCCAGAAUUAUUUCAAAGAUUUGAUGACUAUGAAAAGUUAAAUCCCGGCGUAUCAGCAUCUGUAUGUGAUGUAUCAUCAAUAGUUGUAUCAAAUUCGACGUUUGUGACAUGUGACGCUGGAGUAGAGGAAAAGGUAUUUCUGCAUACAAUUAUUAUUGGUUUAGCCUGUAUACCAACCAGCUUUUGGUUACCUCUCUGUGUACAUCGAUUGGGCAUUAAAUUCUUCUUAGUGUUUAGUUUAACAGCGGCAGGAGUAGUUACAAUAGGUCUGUAUUUUGUGAGAACAUCUCUAGAAAAUCUGAUACUUUCCUGCAUUUUUGAAGCCCUUACAUCUUUAAGUAUAAGCACGGUCUAUUGUGUAAUGGUGGACCUGUUCCCUACGAAUUUAAGAGUAAUGGCGGCUGCAUUGUCUAUGACUUUUGGUCGAAGUGGAGCUUUACUUGGAAAUCUUAUAUUUGGAUUUCUAAUUGACCUCAAUUGUAUUAUUCCUAUUGUUGUGUUUUCUGCAAUGCUGUUCAUUAGCGGAUUUUUAUGUUGGUUACUACCUAGUACAGGGUCUGAUGCUUUAGACUAGACAAACAUACAAUUAUGAAAAUAAUUUAAUUAUAAAAUUAAGUAUCUUUUU